AUGAAGGCCUCCCUUUCCGUUGCCGCCCUCAGCGCCCUUGCGGCCACUGCCUCCGCCGAGAACUACCUGGGCUUCAACUCUGGUGCCACCAAGGCCGACCGCUCUGCCAAGUUCAAGGCCGACUUCGCCGCUGAGUUCAAGACUGCCCAGAACCUCGAGGGCGCCCCCGGCGACUUCAACGCCGUCCGCCUCUACACCAACAUCCAGGCCUACUCCACUGAGGACCCUAUCGAGGCUUUCGAGGCUGCCAUCGACACCAACACCAAGAUCCUCCUCGGUGUCUGGGCCUCCGGCACCGACAACAUCGACAAGGAGAUCAACGCUCUCAAGAAGGCCGUCACCAAGUACGGCACCAAGCUGACCGAUCUCAUCAUCGGUGCCUCCAUCGGUUCCGAGGAUCUGUACCGCAACUCUGUCACCGGUGUCAAGAACAAGUCUGGUGUUGGCGCCGACCCCAAGACCCUCGUCAAGUUCAUCGAGGACUUCAAGAAGGCUUUCAAGGACACCCCUCUGUCCAAGGUCUCCAUCGGUCACGUCGACACCUGGGACGUCUGGGGAAACUCCACCAACAAGCCCGUCCUCGACGCCAUUGACUGGGUCGGUGUCGACGAGUACCCCUACUACGAGAACGACAAGGGCAACGACAUUAAGAACGCCGGUCAGCUCUUCGACAAGGCCUACGCCGCUACCAUCGCCACCGCCAACGGCAAGCCCGUCUGGGUCACCGAGACCGGUUGGCCCGUCACCGGCCAGAAGUGGGAUCAGGCCGUCCCCAGCGUCGAGAACGCCAAGAAGUACUGGGACGAGGUCGGCUGCCGUCAGCUCUUCGGCAAGACCCCUACUUUCUGGUACAACCUCCGCGACUCCAACCCCGACAACGAGAUGAAGUUCGCCAUCACCAAGGACCUGUCCACCAAGCCCCUUUUCAACCUCACCUGCCCCACCACCUUCGACACCCCCACCGGCACCGCUUCCUCCUCUGCCUCUUCCACCGCCACCGCUAAGCCCAGCUCCAGCUCCGGUGCCAGCUCUGGCUCUGGCUCUGGCUCUGGUUCUUCCGGCUCUGGAUCCGGCAGCAACGGCACCGUUGCCUCUGGCACUCCCUCUGCCGGCUCUGGCUCUGGCUCCGGCUCUGGCUCCGGCUCUUCCACCAGCGGCUCCGGCAGCUCCCCUACGACCGUCACUGGCUCUGGUGCCGCCACUGUCAAGGUUCUCUCCACCGGUGCCCUGGCCGUCAUCAUUGGCGCCGUCGCCCUCCUCUACUAA